CAAACCCGAGUUAUUCCUAAUAUGGAAACUGACGUUACUUGCCGACGAGUAGUCGUGCGCCGAAGUUGCCCCGACGGCAAUGGCGGUUUCGCGCGGGACGGUUUAAAAAGAUGGCCGAAAUCAACAUCUCGCAUUUUCGACAAGAAUCCGAUUGUGGAAGGACGAAGAGAGAAGAUAACUUAUCCUAUUCAAGUUCUACACUCGCAGAAAACAUGAGAGAGCAACCUAAGGCAACAAAACUUGUGCACUCGCCAAGAAUGCCUGCGAAAAACAGUGGGAACUCAGACGAAAAUAGCAAGAUAUCAAAGUCGCUGUCGAAGGAGACAAAGGUAUUCAUAAACCCACGCGGAACAAACAAGCUUUGUAGUUUCUCGUCAGAAGCAAUCGUUUUACAUUACAAGCACGGAAUAAAAGCCAAGUCAGUAAAUAUAUUGCCUUGUUUAAACAAAGAUGUGAUUUGGGAAGGGAGAGUUUGCAUGAGAAUGGGUCAUUCCAUUUAUUAUCCGCACCCCCCCUAUGGAUGAGCGGAUUCCUACCGGUCAGAUAUUAGGACUUAGGGGAUUCCUACUGGUCAGAUAUUGGGAAUUAACAGAUUCCUUUGGCCCGAUUCCUACCGGUCAGAUAUUGCCGUCAAGGUGUAGCAUACUAUAUUGCCAAAUAUUUAUUAUGAGAAUCAUACUCUGAGAAUCAUAAUAAUUUCAUUUAUUAUUCUCACCCCCCCCCCCGGUCUGACAUUGGGAAUUAGCAGAUUCCUACCGGUGAGAUAUUGGCAAUUAGCAGAUUCCUACCAGUGAGAUAUUGGCAAUUAGCAGCAUUCGUAGGGUUUAGAUUGAUACUGUCGAUUCCAACAGGGUACUUCUCUGAAAUCCGAUUCCUACAGGUAACAUUUUUACCAGAGCUCAUCCAUAGGGGGGGUGCGGAUAAUAAAUGGAAUGACCCAAUAUGAGAUUACAUAAAUGCGAGUGUUCUUGAGACUUUAAGUGAGUUGAGUCUUGACUUUGACUACCAUGUCUACCAUCGCUCAGUCUAAACUUGCAUUGGGAUAUUUUUACUGAUCAAAAUAUAUCAGACAAUAUUUUGCGCAGAACUUCAAUUUCCUGCAAAGCCAAAACUUUACAAGCUGGUGGAGCAAAACCUCUCAUGACUCUGACAUUUUAGUUCUAUGAAAGCAUCUGACAUGAGUUCUAUGAUUGCCUUUUUUUCCAUCUAUGUUCUGUAAUAUUUAACAUAUAUAAAUCACUGUCGAUACUAAAACAUGUUUGUUUCAGGCCAAAUCUGAUGACUCCUCCUCGUCGAGCCUGUCAUUAUUUGAAGGACGAGAGCAGCGAAAGUCUCUGCAAGUUCUUCAACCCUCUGCUGAUGGUCAAAGGCUUCUUGUUGGUGGAACAAACAGUCAGAGAUCUAAAACAAAGGCAAGAAUAUUUUCAGAGGAAUUAUUGCAACAGAUAGGUGCUAUCCGGUAUACUGUAAACGUAGCCUCUAUCUCCAAAUGAAUGCUCUACCGACUGAGCUAUCAGCCUUUGUAAUAUAUUCACUUACUCAAGUUUUUGGCAUUAUUGCAUUCCUGCAAUAAUGAAUAAUUAUAUGGGUAUGUUUUUAUUGUAGAGUAAAGCACAGCAAAAACGUGCUUCGUCAUCAAGUCAAACGAAACUUAAACAUUAUCUAACCAAGUCAUCGGAUGAAGUCGACAAAACUCAGUCCAGUUCUUCAGAAGUUGAAAGUACCACAACAUCUGUUCCUGUAAAGUCCGAAAUGCCUCCAUCUUCAGAUGACGCUUAUGCAUUGAUGGUGCAAGGUAGGAACUUGUAUAAAACACUUCCUAUACUUAAAAUAUCUUUCAGGUAGUUCAGACAAAAACCAUGACAGUUUAUUGUAGAAUUAAUAACUACCUACACUAGACCACCACGUGAGAUAUUUUAUUCAAGUACCCUGUAGUUCAGACACAAACUCAGACAGCUUAUUGUAGAAUACUACCUACACUAGACCACCAUGUGAGAUAUCUUAUUCAGGUACCCUGUAGUUCAGACACAAACCACGACAGCUUAUCGCAGAAUACUACCUACACUAGACCACCACGUUUGACAGAUUUUUUUAGGUAGUUCAGACACAAACCAUGACAGCUUAUCGCAGAAUACUACCUACACUGGACCACCACGUUUGACAGAUUUUUUUAGGUAGUUCAGACACAAACCAUGACAGCUUAUCGCAGAAUACUACCUACACUAGACCACCACGUUUGACAGAUUUUUUUAGGUAGUUCAGACACAAACCAUGACAGCUUAUCGCAGAAUACUACCUACACUGGACCACCACGUUUGACAGAUUUUUUUAGGUAGUUCAGACACAAACCAUGACAGCUUAUCGCAGAAUACUACCUACACUAGACCACCACGUUUGACAGAUUUUUUUAGGUAGUUCAGACACAAACCAUGACAGCUUAUCGCAGAAUACUACCUACACUGGACCACCACGUUUGACAGAUUUUUUUAGGUAGUUCAGACACAAACCAUGACAGCUUAUCGCAGAAUACUACCUACACUAGACCACCACGUUUGACAGAUUUUUUUAGGUAGUUCAGACACAAACCAUGACAGCUUAUCGCAGAAUACUACCUACACUGGACCACCACGUUUGACAGAUUUUUUUAGGUAGUUCAGACACAAACCAUGACAGCUUAUCGCAGAAUACUACCUACACUAGACCACCACGUUUGACAGAUUUUUUUAGGUAGUUCAGACACAAACCAUGACAGCUUAUCGCAGAAUACUACCUACACUGGACCACCACGUUUGACAGAUUUUUUUAGGUAGUUCAGACACAAACCAUGACAGCUUAUCGCAGAAUACUACCUACACUAGACCACCACGUUUGACAGAUUUUUUUAGGUAGUUCAGACACAAACCAUGACAGCUUAUCGCAGAAUACUACCUACACUGGACCACCACGUUUGAGAUAUCUUUUUCAGGUAGUUCAGACACAAACCAAGGCAGCUUAUUGUAGAAUACUACCUACACUGGACCACCAUGUUUGAGAUAUCUUUUUCAGGUAGUUCAGACACAAACCACGACAGCUUAUCGCAGAAUACUACCUACCAUAGAUUAAGAAAUGAAUAGAUGGCUCACUCCUUUGAUGUUUUUGACGCUGCCGGCACCCACGCAUGUUCUUGCCAGAGUAAUGGCGGCCUAGCAAGAACUAUAAUAAAAUGUAUUGUGAAAUUGAUAUCCAUGCUACUAAAUCCUGUAUUUUUCCGCUUUCGUGGGGUUUAAUGGCAAAAUAAAUCAGAAUUAUAAAAAUAAAGGAUUUAGUAGAACCGAUGUCAAUUUUACAAUGCAUUUUACUAAAGUUACUUGCUAGGCCGCCAUUACUCUGGCAAGAACAUGCGUGGGUGCCGGCAGCGUCAAAAACAUCAAAGGAGUGAGCCAUCUAUUCAUUUCCUAAUCUAUGCUACCUACACUGGACCACCACGUUUGAGAUAUCUUUUUCAGGUAGUUCAGACACAAACCAUGGCGGCUUAUUGUACAAUAUUACCUACACUGGACCACCACAACAACAGCUUAUCGUAGAAUACUAUACCUACACUGUCGCUUGACCAUCAUUGAGUUGUACGAUGUAAUUUCUUCCCUGUUUCAGUCCCAGCCCCAGAGCGGUACUGGGAACUAGUAGCAGAAGAACGUCGAAAAGCGCUGGAAGAAACUCUUGAGGAAAACAUGAAGGUUUGUUGGCUGAUUUUUAAGACCUGUUUAAACUUGCAAGUUUUGCUGUGAUCUCCUUCUGAUGGAUGUGAACGAGGGGAUGAGUUUAUUGAGUUAUGAAUGUGCAGAUGAGGGUAACACACACUCGGAACAUUCGUAACUCCUCUACUCAUUCACAUUUGUCAGAAGAAGAAAAAGUGCUUGACAGUUCGUGCUGGUCCUUGAAAGUCCUCGAAUUUCUUUCCAAUUGGCAAUUGUGCUGAUAAUACUAUCAGUGCCAUUUUCAAAGGUUUAUCCAGCUUUUAGCUCCUUGGAUUUACUGGGAAACGUCCUUGAAAAGUCCUUGAAUAGAGUGGAAACCCUACCUCCCCCUCUCCAGUAUAUAUGUUACAAUAUGCCUUGUCAUUUUUUCUUUCAGUUGUAUGAAAUGAUUGAAAAGUUGAAAGAAGAGAAUGCAGCACUUAAAGAGAAAGCGAACAAUACCGAUUACUUCGCAACGAUGUACAAAGUUACAAAAGAUGAUGUCCCUUCGACGCAAGAUUCGUCACGUGAUAGUUAGUGCUCGUUUUCAUUUCUUUUUCGAGUUUCACGUUAAACGAAGGCCGCAAGAGUCUGUGGAGAAAACAACAUGGCCGUAAGAUCUUGCUGUACGAUUUUAAUGGCCUUUCCAUAGUGUGAAAUUCCGUUUUUAAAUUCGUGCGUAAGAGUCUAUAUUUUGAAAAAUUUUAUCCGCGCAGUUCUUUUUUUAAUCUGAAAACUUUUACUAUUGUGUGAAAAUGGUUGCUUUACAGCUAUCAAAGUGCUUUCGUCGAUUUAUGAUCAACUCCGAAAGUUUGCUUUUUUGCAAUAGAACCAACUGGGCCAUCUAUCGCAGAUCGUGCGCAUGCUCACAACACGAUGUGUUUCCGCAAGCUUACCAUAACAUCCAUUAUACUAUUAUUAUAGAUUAUUACUCUAUGUUUGUGUGAAAUCGUAUUGCUUUUACUUGGAAAAUGUGUCACGUUAUUUUUUUUAUUUUUACUCGCAUCAUUUUUGUGAAAAUUUUACGUUUGUAUGAAAUGCUUAAUAUGAAAGAUUUUUCCAGCUUUUUUUUGUGUAUCAUCCUUUCAAAGAAUCGUG